GCCAGGAGCGGAGGGGAGGGGAGGAGCGCGCAGUUCGCGCGCCGCCCGGCCCGGCCCAAAGUUUUCCUGACGGAGUUUUGGAGGCGGCCGGACGAGCCAUGGACGCGCUCAAGUCCGCCGGGCGGGCGCUGAUCCGGAGUCCCAGCUUGGCCAAGCAGAGCUGGGGGGGCGGCGGCCGGCACCGCAAGCUACCCGAGAACUGGACGGACACUCGAGAGACACUGCUCGAGGGCAUGCUCUUCACCCUCAAGUACCUGGGCAUGACCCUGGUGGAGCAGCCCAAGGGUGAGGAGCUGUCAGCUGCUGCUGUCAAGAGGAUUGUGGCCACGGCCAAGGCCAGUGGGAAGAAGCUGCAGAAGGUGACCCUGAAGGUGUCACCUCGGGGAAUUAUCCUGACCGACCACCUCACCAACCAGCUCAUUGAGAAUGUGUCCAUUUACAGGAUCUCCUACUGCACAGCAGACAAGAUGCACGACAAGGUGUUUGCUUACAUCGCCCAGAGCCAGCACAGUGAGAAUCUCGAGUGCCACGCUUUCCUCUGCACCAAGCGGAAAAUGGCUCAGGCUGUCACCCUUACUGUGGCCCAGGCCUUCAAAGUUGCUUUUGAGUUCUGGCAGGCAGCCAAGGAAGAGAAAGAAAAGAGGGAGAAAUCCAGCCAAGAGGGAGGGGAUGCGCUGGGGACCUGCCAUGACAACACGCCCUCAUUGAAAAGCCUGGUCGCCACUGGGAACUUACUGGACUUGGAAGAGACCACCAAGGCCCCGCUAUCCACAGUCAGUGCUAACACCGCUAAUGUGGAUGAAGCACUGAGGCCUCCAGCCUUGAGCAGCAGCAGUGUCGUCUGGGAGCUGGAUGAUGGCCUGGAUGAAGCAUUUUCUAGGCUGGCGCAGUCGAGAACAAACCCCCAGGUCCUGGACACUGGGCUGUCGGCACAGGACAUCCAUUAUGCCCAGUGCCUCUCUCCUGUCGACUGGAACAAGCCUGACAGCAGUGGCAAUGACCAGGAUGACCUCUUCGGCUUCUGAGGGCCUGGGGCAAGCAGGACAUAACCAGCCCUGACACAUGACGGACCAAAGCCACCUGUGGUGGGGGAACCAGCUCCAAGACGUGCCGGCUGCCCCUUCUGGCCUACAGCAACAUCAGCCUGCAGAUCAAAGCUGCAGCCAGUCAAGCAGGGGGAAGGAGAGAUUUUUUUUUUUUUUAAACCUGCUCCUUCUCUGCAAACUGAAAGAAGCCUUGAAUAUUUAUUCAGUGACUCCUGGUCUGUAGUUGGAAGCUGGUUUUGCAUCAGGCACAUAACAGAUGCAGUACUGUGACUGGCCUUGUGCUCUUUCUCUUCUUGAGCCGGCUCUGCUCUUUGUGGGUGUCAGACAGUGACCAAAGCAUUUCUCAUCCCUCCUCCUUUUUUAAGAACGUGGAUUUCCCCAAGGACAUCCCCACUCCUUAUGGAAAGCAACCAGAACUCAGAGCUUGUCAUCUUGUGUGCUUAGGAGGAGACUGCCACCUCUGGAGAGGCCUGGGACCUCAGGCUUGCUUUUCUCAGGGUCCAGCAGGCCUGGGCUCAAGGCCUAGCUCUGGAGCUCUUGGGAGGGAGCCCCUGACCAAAGAUAACACAGCUUGGCACUUUAAAACCUACAGGGGCCAGGGAAAUGGCUCAGUGGAAUAAGCGCUUGCCUGGCAAGCGCAGGGGCCUGAGUUCAACCCCUGAUUCCACAAAAAAAAACAAAAAAAAACCUACAGCAGGUGUGGCCUCAGGGGCUUCACCAUGGUGCUGCAUUGGAUAAAGCUUUUUUUCUACCCCUCCUCCCUAGAGGGGGCCCAAAGUCCCUUUGAAUGGUACCUUCCUGUCCUGGGACCCGGUGUGACUGACUGCCUGUGACUUCGAGAGUCUCACUGCAACCAUGGGGAUCAGCUCUUUGUGAUUCUCCUUCCCUUCCUGGGAUGAGGCUGCUCCUGCUCUUGUUUUGUCUGUAUCCCUGAGAGUGUCCCUGUGUCCUGCCUCCACAUACCUCCUGGGAUAGUGUGUGGGAACUUGCACCUAGAUUCACAUAGGGAUAUUUUGCGGCCAUUUUACAGAUGAAAAAAGUGAGGCCACCCUCAUGGAGAGGGUGGAGUUGAAUAGAACCUGGAUCUGGUGCCAAAGCUGCUUUCUCUGCUGCCACCUCUCACAACUCAUACCUCCUUUUUUCUAGCUUUGUUGUCCUCCCAGGAACCAAAAAUCCCCAGCUAUUUUCUGACUAAAAUGUGUUUCGUAACAAACCAUCUGGUGCCUUUCCACACAGAACUGGCACAAGCCUCUGUGCCCUGCUGGCUUUCUCACUGUCAAUUUCCAUGAAGAUGCAAGUGUUUGAAGUCUGCUAAAUCCAAGAGUGAAACAAAAUCAAACUCCGUAAGCAUCACGCUGUUCUCUUUCCUGACACGGCGGCCUGGUCAGGACAUCCCAGCAGUGAGCUGAGCUGUCUUUAGAAUCUCUUUCCUUCCUCCCAACUUGGCCCUUGGGCUCUAGCAUCUGAAACCCAGCCAAGCCUGGAGUAUCUUUCCCAUCCCAAGGUGCCUCCCAGCGGCCUGGCUUGUCAGGACAGGUUUCUGUAUCCCCUGAAAACUCACCACAUUUCUUAGAAGCUGGGUCUCUUGAGUGUCCAAUCAGAAUGGGGCUGGGGUGUGUGGGGGUGUAGGACCUUCCUCAGAAGGAAGAUGACUUUUUUCCCUGCCACUCCCAUGCCCCUGCAUCCCCCUCAGACCUUGGGACCAGCCCUGUAGCUGUCCAGGCAGCAGGGGUGGGGCAGGACACCAGCUGUCCUCAGCACGAGUACGGGCGGGCCUCCUGUGUAGUACUGGCCUUCAUCAGUCUCUUGUUGACAACUGUCUGCACUUCCCGUGUGUCAGCAGCCAAGUCUCAUGUUUUGCUUUGUGAUGCUGUAAACGGAGGCUAAUGG